UAGAGUUUGGAAGGGUUGUAGCAUUGAGCUCCCUUCGGGCUUUGACUCUGCCCCGAACUUCUUCGUGCUGUGUGUGAUUUUGGUGUCGGAGAGGGAGGCGAUGGAGAGGGGCGAUGGCGAGAGUGGGGAGGAAAUGCAGGAGAGGCUGAGUACCAUCGCGGAGCUUAAGCUGGCCGCUGAAGGAGGCCAGGCGGCGCACCCGGGGGGCACGAAGGGGCCUCACGAUGACGACGAGGAGGAAGACGUGGGGUUUGAGGAGAUGGGACUCGACGCUCGGCUGCUGCGAGCGCUCUCGAAAAAGGGAUUAUCAUAUCCUACUCCUGUGCAGGCCAAAGCCAUGCCUCUCAUCCUUGAAGGUAAGGAUGUAGUUGCUCGGGCCAAGACUGGCUCCGGGAAGACGUUGUCGUAUUUGUUGCCGUUGGUGCACAAGCUGCUUGCGGAAGGCGGUUCGAAGAAAGGGCCUCGUGCAAUGGUGCUCGUGCCUACACGGGAGCUUUGCCAGCAGGUGUACGACGAGGCGACUUCGUUGGCGGAAUAUUGCGGUGCCACGCUUAGGGUGGUGCAAUUGGCGACCACUAUGUCGACCGCGACUAUGAAAAUGUCGUUGGCCAGGGUGCCUGACAUUUUGGUUGCGACGCCAGCCCGAAUCGCUGCUUGCAUCAGCCAAAACGUGAUACAACCCGCUGUGCUUGAGGAGUCCUUGGCGAUGCUCGUGUUGGAUGAGGCGGACUUGUUGUUUUCGUAUGGCUAUGAAGAGGAUUUGCGGAGCCUUGCUGUAUAUGUUCCUCGGAAGUGCCAGUGUUUGCUUAUGUCUGCCACCGCCUCUCCGGAUGUGGAUAAGUUGAAGAAGUUGGUUCUUCAUAAUCCUGUUACUCUCACACUCACCGAGGAGGUGGAUGGCUCUGGUGAUACCAGCGUUGUCCCUAAGUCGGUUCAACAAUUUUCAGUUCAUUGCAAGAGUAAGGACAAGCUGCUGUAUAUGUUAUCAAUUCUGAAGUACGACCUCAUUCAAAAGAAGGCUAUCAUAUUUGUGAACACGAUUGAUACGGGAUUUAGGCUGAAACUUUUUUUGGAGCAGUUUGGAAUAAAGUCUGCUGUCUUGAACGGAGAGCUACCACAGAACUCCCGUCUGCACAUACUUCAGCAGUUCAAUGUUGGUUUAUUUGAGCACUUGAUAGCUACUGAUGAUGGGAAGUCCCUUCAACCCGUUAGCUCUACAAGCAAGGAAAGUAGCAGUACUAAGGAUUCUGAGGCAGAGCCAGUGGAGUCGAAGUCGUCCAAGAAAGCUGUUCGCGACACUGAAUUUGGAGUAGUUAGAGGUAUCGACUUUAAAAACGUGCGCACAGUAGUAAAUUAUGAUAUGCCUGAAACUGUAGCUGGAUACAUCCAUCGUAUUGGGCGAACUGGGCGCGCAGGAAAUGCCGGUAUAUCCCUUUCCCUUGUUCCUCCUGAAGAUGAGGAAAUUCUGAAGCAAAUCAAGGUUGAGUUAAGUGGGGUUGAUGAAGGCCAACAAAAUAACAAAGCGCUCAUUUCUCCUUUUCCUUUAUUGUCAAAAACUGCUGUAGAGUCCCUGCGUUACAGAGCAGAGGAUGUUAUGAGGAGUGUCACGAAAAUUGCUGUUAGGGAAGCUCGUGCCAAGGAGUUGCGAAUAGAGAUAUUAAAUUCUGAGCGCUUGAAAGCUCAUUUUGAGGACAACCCAACCGAUUUGGAGUUAUUGAAACAUGACAAGGUUUUGAGUAAGGUAGCGCCUGCAGCACAUUUGAAAACCGUACCAGAAUAUUUGCGAGAUCCAACAACCGAAGCAGCCAGCCGGGCUGUCAAUUUAGCAAGAGCAGCAAUGAAUCUUGCCCAAUCAAGCUUCGUCAAGAGGAAGAACAAAAGAGUGCGCGUUCAAGAUGCUCCUACCGCCUUCACGAAGAGUGCAAAGAGGCUGAAGAGGGAUGGCAGGAAAGGAGGCAAAAGUGAAGAUGGGAAGAGUAGAUCUCGGAAUGCUAGCAAGCACAAAAGACGAAAGAGGUAGACUGUCGUGUCUUAUCUCUGCAUAUGUUGUACUUCUUUUAGGAUAGUGGUUCCUGGCUACUCAAGAUCCUCAGAUUUUGUUUGAUUUUUGAUAAUUUAGGACCGAUCGUGAUUACUGUGUGCCACUUAGAAGAGACUGCAGAAGCUCUAUCCUGUCCUUUUCAAUAGAGGAGGUGCGUCUGUCUUUGAGAAAACUUGCCAAGUUUGCUCUCUCGGCUUGUGCCAUUUGUAUUGGCAAAAUUUAACUGCAGUUGAGUCGUGUAUAUACAAGUCUCCUCUUGCAGCUAUGGCAUACCAGUUAACUUCUUUUUA